CUAGCCUUAUCUCUCCCACACAAAUACAAUAUAUAAUAUAUAAGUUGAGUGAUCUCUAAAAACAAGAGAUGGAAAGAAAUAGACUCAAAUCUUUGUUUGCAUUUCUUGAAAGUACUGGUUUCCAACACCUUUCUUCUGGACCAUAAUCCUCCCAGUCUACCAGAAACUCGAGUCGCGCACCAUGACGUCGGGAGUCCAGUAUCUCCUUUACCAUGUAGAUGGGCUCGGCUUCUAUGGGUGGUAUCGGGGGGUUAUCGUCAGGGACUGGGUCUGCAUAGGGAACAGAGACAGGUAAGUGAUGGGGAUUUAACAGGGAGACAUGAAAGGUGGGGUGUAUCCGAUACUGAGCAGGUAAGCGAAGUCAGUAAGUGACGGUUUGAUUUGUUUCUCCACAGGGAAUGGACCGAUGUAUUUUGGGCUUAAACUGUGACAUGGUUGCUUCAAUCGGAUAUUACGGAGGGAGAGCCAUACCAGUUGCCCAGGUUGGUAGGUUGGAGUUUGGCAACGGUGAGUAUCAGCAAAUUGCCGUUGGCAAUUUACUGCCUGCUGAAGGUGGUGGUGUGCCUGUUUCCAAACCCUCUCGCUGUUUUUUAUCCAUGUAUUCAUGGCGGGGACUUCGGAUGGUUCACCAGACCAGGGGAACAAUGGGGGUUGAUAGCCAAAGACGCAUUGGAACAGGGUCAGGUUUGUGGAUGCCUGUCGACUAAAUAGUGGCUAAAAUUUUGGUGGGUGUGGCAGAACAUCCUGAGGAAACUGCUGAUUUUUGUUCUGUUUGACCAUUUGUCUGUGGUGGUAACUCGAAGUUAAGCUUAUUGUUACAUUGAGAAGGGCGAAGAAUGCCCUCCAUACCCGGGAGAUGAACUGGGGUCUUCUAUCAGACACAAUAUCUUCAGGGACGCCGAAAUUGCCAAACAUGUGUUCAAACAGUUACUCCGGCGUGUCAAAAGCUGUAGGCAGGGCUUUCAGAGGGAUUAGUUUGCACGCCUUCGAGAAUCCAUCGACAGCCACAAGAAUAAAUGUGUGGUAACCGGCGUGGGACCUUGGUUAUAGUGCAGAGUGUACACCCCUGGACAAAGGUCUUGAUGUCGUCCUGCAUUCUUGGCCAGUAUGAGUAAGAAUGAGUCACAGAUGUCUGGCCCCCUCAUUCCAGUGUCUACAUUCUUCCAGGGUGAGUUUCACGGCUAAGAUUUCCCAGUUACCAAUAUCAUAGUUUCUUUCAGCGGGGGAUAAUUUUCGGGAGAAAAAUACACAAGGCAUGGGUUUGGACGAGUUCUCUGGGUACUGUGACAGGAUGGCCCCCACGCCUGUUGUUGAAGCAUCCACCCCGACAAUGAACUUCUUUUUAGGGUCUGGAUGCUGGAGCAGGGGAGCAGUGGUGAAGGAAGUCUUCAGUGUUUGGAAGGCAUGGCUGGCGGCAGCUGGAGAGGUGGAAAUUCUGAUUUACCCUUGUCUCAGAGCCUUUUUCGAUGUAUUCUUGCAUGGCGGUUUGUUCUUGGAUGGACAACGAAUAGAUCCGACCCUUGGGAAUGGUUUCAACUGGGAUCAAAUCGAUUGCACAAUCCCAAGGUCAGUGUGGCAGUAACUUGGAGCCUGCCAUAGGACUGAAUACGUCUCAAAAGAUGAAUAACAUGGGGGAAUGUUGACUGACAGAUUUUCUUUGGGGCAUUCAAUGCAGGUAGAAUUCACGGACACAGGUCGGGUUGGACAGGGAGUGAGAUGCUAGUGGUUAUGCAGUUGCAACCCCAGUUCAGAAUUUUACCAGUUUUCCAAUUUAUAGCAGGUUGAUGUCAAAUGAGCCAGGGUCGGCCCAGAAUUAUGUCAGCUUGGCUUUUCUCGAGAAUUAAUGGGUCAAAUAGUUCAUGAUGGAGGUCCUCAACACAUAGGGUGAUAGGUGUUAUUUGAGAUGUUACAGAGAGCUUGUUGCAUGAAUUUUUCCAACCCCAAAUUGUUAUCAUAAAUGGCGAGCUGGAGGCGAAGCGUGGGGUUUAAUCCUCUUCGGUAAAAGGUAAGGAGGGCCUUUUUUUUAUUCCACCCACUCGCCCCAUCUAGGGUUCGGAAUUCCAGGGAGUACUCAGAAACAGAUCUUUUACCUUGACGUAACUGUAAUAGUUGGUUGCUGACAGAGGAAUGACCUACGGGGCGUCCAAAUACUUUUUGAAAUGACUAAUGAAACUUUGUACAGACGAGGUGAUCGGCGUCUCCUGGAACCACAAUGUUUCAGCCCAUCUUAAAGCUGCCCCAGAUAGCUGCUGGAUGAUAAACAAGAUCUUGUAUCUUUCCGUGGGAUAUUGGUGAGCCUGUGUUCGAGAGUGAGCGAGCAUUGCAGCAGAAACCCGUUGCAAUCUUCAGCCCGUCCAGAGAAGGGUGCUGGUCGAGAGAAGGUGUUGGCAAUGUAAACCAGUGUGGGAGCGGGGUUUGCGGAAGCACUGUCUUCGGGCUGCGUUGGAUUCAUUGCGGUGUUGAUCAAGCUUCCUGUCAGGAUAGUAACGAGAGGCAGAGGUAAGUGAAUCCAACCACAGAGUUUAUUUAGAGAAUAACAAGUACGGGGUAAGUAAUCGAUAGUUUCAAGUGCGGGUUUGGUACAAAUCACUCUGUGCGAGGCUGAAAACCAGUGAGUAAGUCCUUAGCAGAUAUGUCAAUGCCGCAUAGUCACAGUUCAUUUAUACUUUUCUCUUUCUCUUUCGGGUGCAGAAGUUAUCAAGUAAGCUUGAAUGAAACAUGGGAGGCUCGGGAGAUCGUUGUAACUCAGGUAACAGGUGAACAUACAGGAAUCCUGGGGGCAGUAAAACAAGGACACAAAGGUUAGCGUUUCAAAAGUGCGUAUACGUUACGUCUUUGAAUCAGCGGUGCACUAGAUGAUCCAGAGACAGCCGUCUAUUGUCUGUUCUUGUUGGAGGCUUGACAUUGACUUGGGGUUGUGGUGAGUGCUUUAUAGUGCGCUGUGAUGAGAUUGCUAAUGGUGAGCAGAUGCAGGUGAUUAGUACUCAAGGGAGCGUGAUCGUUGUGGGAUGGAUGGGACCGGGCUUGACUGAUUCCUGACACCAAGUCCCUUUAUGCACUCCUUUACAGUAGGUGGUGAUAUGCAAUAAUUACAAAUUUAAAAAUAAUGACAGUGUCAUGUUGCAUCUGUCGUCAUGAAAUCACGUAUGACUAUUAUUACCAAUCAAAAUGCCUGUUUAUUUAAAUGCAAUUUGUACAUAUUUUACUAACUUAUCUUACGAAUUACCAAACCUAACCCGCCCCUAAACCUACCCUCACAGAAACCAUGCAAAAUCGUGAUUUACAGUGCAUAUUCAUAAUAUGAGCAUGUGCCUUCUCUGGGAUUUAACCCAUGAUCACAUGAUUGCAUAUUGUUGUUUAAAGCAAUCCUCUACCAACUGAGCAUACAAAACCCAAAUUAUGGUGCAGACAAAAGAGUACAAAACAUUAAUAUAAAAGUCUCCUGUUGCUGAUAUGGGCACAAUUGUAGUAUAAGCUCUGAUUUCAGGGAUUUGAACAAAUUACCUAUACGUAAGUGUAUUGGUGUGAAGACAUGUUGCUGUAGUCCCAUUCUCUUUAGUAUCACUUUCUUUCAACGGCUUGCCAAGGGUUGAAUGCAUGACUAGUUAAUGUCAAAGACUUAUUGGGAAAGCAGUUAUUUUACUGCAAGCAUAGUGUAAAAACUUAAGGAAGUAAUUACCAUAAUAAAUUGACUGAAUUCUCAACACAAAAAACACAACAAAGAGAGAAGGUUACAACAAAGACUUCUAAUCCAGGGAACUCAAUGACAUCGUAACAUACAAUGAGAGAACAGAAAUUAUGAUGCUUCUCAAGGAAAUAGACAGAAGACUUCAACGCCCUUCAUGAGGUCAAACAAUGGAGAAUUCAUCAUCUCUGCACGUAAAACAUCAGCUCUGGACAAUGAAGAUAGAAACUGUCUUCAUCAAUAACAGAUCUAAACAUUCCUCAGUUAUGAGCUCACUGGAGCUGAUGGGAUGGACUUCCACCAUGUCACAGAUUAAUCAGCUGCUGGAAAUGAUAUAAAAGCAAGAGAGAGCACCUACAGAUACAUCAGUGAGAUAUAUCACACACUCAUCAUGACCUUCACCAUCUUCUCCAUCACCUGCCUUGCCCUGGUGGCCUCUGCUCUGGGUUGUGGAAUCCCUGAGAUUAAACCGCAGACGAUCGGCAGCAGGAUUGUGAACGGACAGAAUGCCAUCUCUGGUUCUUGGCCCUGGCAGGUCUCUCUUCAGCAAGCCAAUGGUUUCCACAUCUGCGGAGGAUCCUUGAUCAAUGAGAACUGGGUUCUCACUUCUGCCCAAUGCGCUGUCAUGGUCAACUCUCACCAUGUCAUUCUUGGAGAACAUAAUCGUGGCUCCAAUGAUGAACCCAUCCAGAUCCAACUAGUUUCCAAGGUCAUCACCCAUCCACUCUUCAACGGAAAAACCUUCAUCAAUGACAUUGCUCUGCUGAAACUGUCGUCUCCAGUCACAUUCACUCCUCGUAUCUCUCCUGUAUGUCUGGCCGAAUCAAACGCCAGGAUCGUGCCUGGAACCCGCUGCUUCACCACUGGCUGGGGCCAGACUGCUACUAUAACCAGUCCUCUGAUCCUGCAGCAAACAGGCGUUCCCAUCAUAAGUUCGGCUGUGUGCAGGCAGAUUUGGGGUCAGAGCACAAUCACUGAUGCCAUGAUCUGUGCUGGAGCCUCCGGUUCCUCAUCUUGUAAGGGUGAUACUGGUGGUCCUCUGGUGUGUGAGAGUUCAGGGGUCUGGACUCUGGUGGGCUCUGUGUCUUUUGAAAGAAGCACUUGUGACCCCCGUUUCCCUGCAGUUUACACCAACAUCUCCCAACUGCGCUCUUGGAUUGACAGGACUAUUGCUUUCAACUAGAUCAACAGUCUGAAUAUUUACUUUCUGUCUUUGAUUCCCUGUUGGUGGUCUUUUUAUUUGUGGGUUUGGGUCAGUCAGUGACUUCAUACUGUUUUCCUGUUUCAGCUGUACAGAUAAUGAAAACGUUUCAAUAAAUGACAUAAGAAAAAUAAAAAAAGCAAUGGAGAAUGUUGUAGAGUGUAAUUAAUGACAUGUUAUAUCUGACGGGUGAUAACAGAGCAGUCCUCUGCUCAAUAUGACUUGCGCUGUAGUCUGGAAUUAAACCACAUCAUGUUGGUUUUUUUUGUGUGGCAAGAGGAGACUUGGUUUAUUUUUCUCCAUUUCUGUCACCUGUAGUUUUAGUUAAUUUUUAUCCUUUAUUUGUAAGAAGAGCAACAAAAAAACAGCAACAAAAAAAAAAAUACAUUAACAGUCGUUUUCAGAAGCAUCGUAGUAAAACAAUCAUACUGUCACAGUCGAAAGCAAAGCAAUUGCCAGGAAAAAAACAAAAGCAUAUUAAUUAUAAUAGUAGCAAUAAAUAAUUAAAUAAGUUGUAGGCAUCCAUAUGUUCACUUCAAUUUGGUCCAUGUAAUGCCAUGGUUAUUAAGACACAACAUUCUGAAUGUAUUAAGAAAAGUCAAUAAUACAGGGAAAUAUGUAUGCAGACGUACAUUAUAGCGACAAUAUUUGGCAUGACAUUUCAAAAUGCCUCACUUUCAACAUUUGAUAUGUUAUCUAUAUUCUAUUGUGAUUAAAAUGUAAGUUUAUGAGA